AUGUCUCAACAAGGCGACGAUACUCAACAACAACACGCCCAGGUCGACAACCAGAGCGAUGCCGGCUUCUCAGACACCACCACUGAUAAACGUUCUCCAGAGGACAAGAAGAAGGACAAGGAACUCGCCGAACGUUUAUCUGUCCUCAUCGAGGAUGCCAACUCUCGCGUUGUGCCUCUCUGCAGAAUGAUUCGCAAGCAUAUCGAGGGCAUGGAUGCGAAGAAGGAGGAGGACCGGGACGAGCAAGAACUCGUCAAACAAGUCAAGCCCCUCCUGCAAGAAGCUGAGAAGAUCCUUAACGAGACGCAAGGCGCCGUAAAGGGUGCAGAUCCAGACAAGCGUCUCUCCAGCAAAGCUCAAAGGCAUGCAGCCGAUCACACUGCUACGCCUGAAGAGCAACGAUUGGCACAAGCACUCAAAGUUCUCUUGGAGGAAGUUGGCGGAACGAUCGAAUGGGCGAAAAACAAGCUCGACAGUUUCCCAAAGGCAAAGAGGGAUCUUGGUCCAUUAUUGGACGCUCUCGGCCAACCUUUGACGCAGAUUGUCGGAGGUGUAGGCUUGUUACUCGCCGGUGUAUUGAAUCUCGUCGGCAAUCUAUUGAGCGGUUUGGGAUUGGAUAGCCUGCUCAAGGGCAUUAUUUCUGCUACGGGUCUCGACAAAAUUUACAAGGGUCUUGGGCUCGAAAAGUGGCUAAACGCGGGAAAGUAA